AUGACCGCCUUUCCUUUGGUCUUCGUCUCCCUCCUGAGCAUCUUCGCCCUCUCCGGGGAAACCCAAGCCACCCUCGUCGGCGGAAACGUCGCAGCGUCGGCCCAGAUUGUCCAGCCCAUCGCUGAGCCCUUCGUGCCAGUUACCCCUGUCGCCCCGGUCGUCCAACCAGUUGUCCCUGUUGCCCCCAUCGUCCAGCCUGUUGUCCCGGUUGUCCCAGUCAUCCCAGUAGUCCAGCCUGUUGUGCCAGUUCUACCCGUCUACCAAGUGGUCCGCCCCGUCGUCCCUGUUAUACCCGUUGUUCAGCCAGUUGGCUACGGUGCCGGGCUCGGAUAUGGCGGGUGGGGUGGCGCCGCCGCCGGUGGUUACGCUGGCGGCUGCGGUGGAUCUGGGGGGUAUGGUGGAUAUGGUGGCGCAUACGGGGCUGGGUACGGGUACGGCGCCGGGGGCCUCGUCUACUAA